UGGUUCAGAAAUAUGUUUCGAUUCGUAACUGUCUUAGCUUUGUUAAGCUGUGUCUUGGCAAAUACCUUACCAGAAGGAUUCGAUGGACGUAUUGUGAAUGGUGAGGACACUACAAUAGAGGCACAUCCAUAUCAAGUGUCUAUACAAAAGAGUUCGGGUGGACAUUUCUGUGGUGGUUCAAUUAUAAAUGAGGACACUGUAGUCACAGCUGCACAUUGCAUGACAGGACAGGAUGCUUCAAAUCUUAAAAUACGUUUGGGUUCAACUCUCUACAACGAAGGUGGUGAAUAUGUUUCAGUAAGGGCAUUCGAAUAUCAUCCAGGAUAUAAUUCUAAAACUAAGGAAAAUGAUAUUGCCGUCAUUAAAUUGGCCACACCUGUACGUCAGUCAGCAAAAAUUCGUUAUAUUGCGCUAGCUGAAAAAACACCAGCAACUGGUACUCAUGCAGUUGUGACUGGUUGGGGCGUUAAAUGUUUCUUCUGGUGUAUUUCUUCUCCAACGACUUUGCAAGAAGUUAAAGUUGGUAUUGUUGAUGAGUUGCGGUGUGCUUCGGACGAAUACAAAUAUGGUCCAAAGAUUAUGCCAACAAUGGUUUGUGCUUUUGAUGAAUCUAAGGAUGCAUGUCAAGGCGAUUCAGGCGGUCCAUUGGUUGCAGAUGAUGUAUUGGUUGGUGUUGUGUCAUGGGGUAAUGGUUGCGCUAAAAGUGGUUAUCCUGGUGUCUACAGUGAUGUCGCUUCUCUACGUAAAUGGGUUGUUGCAACUUCAAAUUCCUUGUAAAAGACUA